GUUCACAACCAUCAUUCACAAUCUACUAAAUUUAUUUUAGUAUUGUUACUUUGGAUUACGAUUAAAUUUUGAUUGGGUCGGAGCAACAUGAAACUGUCUUUUAUAUUUGAGUUGCUGCUGAUCUUUGUUCUCAUCGCGUUCGCCGCAUCUGCUGUUAUAGAUUCACGUAAUGUAAGAAGUUCCCGUAAACAAGUCGUAAAAAAGCAUGGGAGAGUAAGCCAGAAGAAAAGGCAGGACACAUCAACGAACAAAUACUGCAGUUGCUCUGCUAAACUGUGCAACUGUUGUCGCGAGUUUAACAUACCUGUGGUUUCGUUACAAGGACCUGGAUGUGCCUCCCUGCAAUAUCUGAAAGGAGAUCGUCUCUCCAUUUCCAUGAGUUUCGGCGAGAGGGUGCUAACCAACACGACCAUCUCAAGUAAGAAACCGGAUCCCGUAUGCAUGCCACUUCCGGGUGGUGUAUCCAAGUUCUGCGGCCGUGUGUACAACAUCAAUCGUCAAGGAGAGGACUUCAACGCCUGUCUCGGAUUGGAGCUUAGGGCUUUGCAAGAUAUCGAAGCUGCACUUAGAGUCUCCUGUUUCAAAUUCGGUCCCUCCGGACUGCGAGUCGAGCCCAGCCAGCCACUGCCGCCCAUUGAAGACAACGAUGACGACGACGACGACGACGACGAUGAUGACGACGACGACGACGAUGAUGACUUCGAUUUUGAUGAUGAUGACGAUGAUGACGACGACGACAUAGAAAAUGACGUGGACUCAGUCGACUACACCGCCUUCAGUGUCUUGGACGACGACUUCAUUGGAGGAUACUUGGACGAAGACGACGACGGAGAAUCAGACGUUGUUGAACAACCUCAACCAGUCAGACGACCUGUAGUCACCAAAACACCUUUGAAAAGGAAAACCGAGACCGUCAAGCCUGCUGUUGUCAAACCUGCAGAUAAGAAACCGAUCCGUAGGAAGCCCGCCAGCAGACCAAAACCAAAGCCAGUCAAAGCCAAAGUAACCACCAAAAAGCCAGCCACCACAACCACUACAACCACCACCACCACUACGGCAGCAGCACCAGUAACCACUGUGGAUGAGCAAUUGCCAGAGAACCCAGACGUCUCCCUUAACACCAUCAACACUGACAAUCAAGGCGUAGACAGCCUGGCCUCACCAAGUCACGAUUCUAUUGCCGUUGUCACUGCCAUGUUGCAAAACGACGAAAAAGCAGACGCCAACGAAGUUCCCGCCCCAGUUAAAAUCACCAGCGCCCCAAUUGAAACCUCCCCCACCAUAACCGAGUCAAUUAUGGAAGGCACCACUCAAGAAAUUCUGAACGAACUGAAACAAGAGACCACAACCGUAAACAGUUUCGAAACCACCACUGUACAGGAAGUGACUGACAAAACAGAACAGUCGUUCAUUCUGAAAGGAGACGAAUCCGAGGAAAGCGAAGAGGAUGGCGACCCCUUAUCUGACGCCGUUGAAGACGCCUUGAACGACGAAGACGACGAUGAUGACGAUGAAAGUGCCGAAAGUACCGAAAGUGCCGAGUCCACCGAGAAGACGGUUGACAAGGAAGCGGUCAAGACGAACGCGACCAGUACUGACAAGAAAGAGUCCAAGGAUGUGGUUGAUGAUAUUGUUGAUGGAGUGAUUAACACAUUUACUUUGAACGAGGACGAUUCUUCUGAGUCGACGAAAGCGGAGCCAGAGAAGAACGAUGAUGAUGAUGAGGAAGAAGAAGACGAUGACGAUGAUGAUGACGAUCUCUUAGGAGACGACGAUGAGGAGGAUGAUGAAGAAGAUGAAGACAACGAAGAGAGCAGGAAGAGGAAGAAUAGGAAAUUUAGCGGUAGGCAGAGCAGGGAUAUGUGGCUAGACAGAUUACACUGGUAGAUAGACAAAGGUCACCGAUAGGCAAUCCAUUUUUCAGGCAUUAAUAAUCACAACAUAAAGAUUGUCCCAAAGAAUGUGGUUAUGAGUUUAAUACUGAUUUUUCUAAUUUAUUUAUUUAUUGUUAUUUAUUAUUAUUUAUUUUAGCAUUGUACAUAAUGACUGUGUAAAGAAUUUUGCUCAUACAUUUUGUAAUUGUUAAUACAGUAACAAGUGUUAAAUAA